CCUCUCUCCUCCGCUAACCCACACCACGCUCUCUAUAUUUCAGUCGCCCGCCCUCCUCCUGUAUCAUUCUUUCUACAGGCUUGAGGCUUUGUUCUACCUUCAUUCAUUCCACUCUCUCUCCAAGACACUUUGUCUUCGACUUGUCAACGCGACAACCUCACUCUUGAAACUGCUAGCCAGUUCAGCCAUUCCCUGAGAAACUUCUCACUGCAAAACACUACUCGCCAACUCCUUGGACCACCAAAAACAACACCCACCACCAAACAACUCUCAUAUCCAUUAUCAACAUGAAGGCUUCCACUGUCCUCGCUUCUCUCCUUUUCGGCUCCAUUGCCGCUGCUGCCCCUGUUGACAAGCGCGCGCUCGUCUACAAGACCGAGGUUGUCACUGAGGUCGUCGUCAUCUACACCACUGUCUACGGUGACGAGCCCACGCCUACUCCCAGUGCCGUCUCUUCUACUCCUGCUGCCUUUUACGAGCAGAAGAAGCCCGUCCCCACCAGCACUCCAGCUGCCCUCCCGGCCUACACUCCUGCUCCUGCUCCUAGCGCUCCUGCUCCUCCAGUCUACACUCCUCCGGUCGAGGAGAAGCCCAAGCCAAGCCCAACUCCUUCUCCCAAGCCUGAGCCUCAACCGGAACCCCAGCCAGCUCCUCAGCCAGAGCCUCAACCCGAGCCUCAGCCUGAGCCUCAGCCAGCACCUUCCCAAGCUCCUGCCCCAACCCCUCAGCCUGAGGAGGUCUACACUCCGGCUCCUGCUCCAGCCCCAACUCCCAGCCCAUCUCCAGCUCCCGCUCCUGCCCCAGCCCCAGCUCCUGCCCCAGCUCCUGCCAAGUACCCUACCACUGAGCCAUCAUCCUCUGGCGGCCAGACCCACCAGAAUGUCGACAUCACCGUCUACGACAACACCGGUGCCGCAGGUGCCUGCGGUGAGCCCCUCACCGACGACAUGAUGGUUGUCGCCAUUGCCAAGGGUGCAUGGAACGCCAAGGGUGGUUCCACCUACGAUGUCAUGACUGGUGCCUCCAGCAACCCAUGGUGCGGUGCUAAGAUCAACAUUGAGUACGAGGGCAAGAGUUGCCAGGCCACCAUCAUGGACCUGUGCCCUGGCUGCGAAGGCCUUUACGACAUUGACCUGUCCCGCGCUGCAUGGAAGGCUCUUGGUAUCACCGAGACCACCCGUCUCAAGGCCAACUGGAGCCUUGCCUAAGCUUGUCCUAGAGGCGCUUCUCGCCAUGAUCAAUAUACCCAAGAUUCUCACAAUCUAGCUAGCGCAGGCCGGGUCAGCGCUUUGCACGACCUUGUUACGACUCAUCUUCUUUUCUUCGUCACUCGUUUACCAAUCAAUGCCUUGGCUUUACCCCCAAGCAUGCUGGGACCAUGUAUUAUCCAUUCACUUUCUUGUACACAGCUUUAGGGAUCCGGUGUAUGGGCUCAAACCUCUUUCUUUAGAUACCCAUAUGCUCGUCAUCUUCAGGCACAAUUCAGAUACCACAAAACAAUCAAUCAACAUGACGAUUGCGUGCACGCAUGCAUUGUCCAAAAAACAUAAACAAAUUUCCAGCA